AUGUCACAAAAAAUCAACUCCAAGAAUUUGACUUACGAUUCCUCUCUCCCGCCUUUCCUCGCAGCUCUCCGGGCCCGGGCAUCCGGUGCUUCAGGUCCGGACCCGAUUCUCUCAGCACAGCGCCGCGGUGGGAAGAAGCGAUCCAGCAGCGAAGAGGCAGAAGAUGCUCCGUUGAUUGUCGACGAAGAUGGAAACACGAUUGGGGAUCUCAAGGUGAAUAAAGACGGCACUGUGGAGGAAACACCAAAUGAGGAAGCCGAUAAGGGGCCCAAAGAUGGGACAGAGCAGAACAAGACGAACAAAGGCGAAUCAGAAUCGGCCAAAGCUUCAAUUGGAGGAAGGAAACGCAAGGUCGGCAAAGUGAUUGGUGAAGAUGCUCGUGAUGACGCUACUGAGCCCUCUACGGAGAAGAAGGCUGAGGCUACGAAGAAAGGCACGGAUGAUGCCGAGCAGGCUACCAACCGCAAGACCAAGAAGAAGGCAAAGAAGAUUAAGCUGAGCUUUGACGAAGAUGAGGGCUGA